GGAGGGGCGGCGGUGGGGACGGGUGCGCGAAAGGAGCGAGUCCUUGGUUGGCCCGGCAGAAUCGGCCGCUGCCCGAAGCGCUCAACUUCGAGCUCAAGACUUGUCGGUAGGUGGACUUUCCCCCUGCAUCUGUGCUAUUUGCUUCUGGAUGUAGACGGGUCAAAGACCCGAAUUCAGAAAAUGCCAUCUUAGAAAACCGUCUGUCUUUCAUCUUCCCUACGAACACUGCAUAAGCCGAUUGAAGAUGAACACAGAAGCAGAGCAGCAGCUUCUGCAGGAUGCUAGAAAUGGUAAAAGUGAAGAAAUUCGACAGCUGUUGGAGAACAUGAAAAAAGGAGAGAUUAUUUUUGAUAUAAAUUGCAAAGGAAGAAGCAAAUCUAACUUCGGCUGGACACCUCUUCAUCUUGCAUGCUAUUUUGGACAUACCAAUGUUGUCAAGGAUUUGUUGGAGGCUGGUGCUGAUGUAAAUGUGCUAAAUGAUAUGGGGGAUACUCCACUGCAUCGUGCAUCCUUCACAGGACGCAAGGAGGUGGUUAUGCUGCUUUUAGAAUGUGAUGCUGAUACUCUCAUUGUGAACGGCAGUGGACAAACUGCAAAAGAAGUUACCCAUGACAAAGAAAUACGAGAGAUGCUGGAAGCUGUGGAAAGGACUCAAGAAAGAAAACUCGAGGAACUCCUUCUACAAGCUGCCCGAGAAGGAGAAACUGGAAAAGUUGCUGCACUGUUAAACAGAUCAAAUCCUCCUGACAUCAACUGUACUGAUCAGAUGGGAAACACACCGUUGCAUUGCUCAGCAUAUCGUGCCCAUAAGCAUUGUGCUUUGAAGCUCCUAAAAUGUGGCGCAGAUACUAAUAUAAAGAACAAAAAUGGUCAGACACCUCUUGCUUUAGCCCAAGGUGCAGAAAUGAAACAGGUGCUUGGAGAAGUCAUUGCAAAGAUGACCAACAAGAUCCUGAAACGAUAUGAAGGACUACUCUGGAAGAGUUCAAGAUUUUUUGGAUGGAAGCCAUAUUGGGUGGUCCUAGAACAUGGCGUCCUCUCUUGGUAUCAAAAACAGGCUGAUGCUGGAAACACUAAUCGUCGUCAGGGAUGCAAGCACUUAACACAAGCCAUUUGCACAGUGAAAAAUGCAGAUGGUUACCUCUUCUCCAUCAAGUGCUUUGAUAAUACAAUUCACAGUUUUAAAGUUCCUAAGGCCAGUCAAGAGACAAGAGACAAUUGGAUACAUGCAAUAGAAGAUCAUUCAGCAUAUAGCACACAUUACUGUACUCAGGAACAACAAAGUGAUGAGGAGGAAGAAAUUGAUGCAACAUCUAUUGCUGAGUUACAAGACUCCCUAAAAAUUGCACAGUCUUGCCACCAACGACUAGAUAAAGAAAUAUCCAGCUUCCAAUCUAUGAUUACUCAAUCUGAUAAUCCCCAAGGACUACCUACUUUGUUUCUCAAAAGAGCGGAAGAAAUCUCUAAAACAGCAAGAGAGGCUUGUGAAGUCUUAAGUAACUGUAUCAAACUCUUCACUAGACAAGAAGGGGUAAGGAAUCUGAAACUGGAGCAUGAGCAAGAGAAAAAUAAGAUCUUAUCUGAAGCUCUGGAAACACUAGCCACUGAACACCAUGAAUUAGAGCAAUCGCUAGUCAAAGGGUCACCUCCCCUUAGCAUCCUUAGUGAGGAACAGUUCUAUGAUGCUAUAUCUGAUUCAGAAUCUGAAAAAUCAUUUAUUGGAUUUGAAACCGUGACUAGCUUCUCAUUGGAAAACAGCGAGGACUCUAGUGACACCAUAACAGCUAACAUGUCUGAAGAAAAAGCAAAUAAAAACCGAGAGACUCUAUCAAAUGGCAUAAAAAAACACAGGACAAGCUUGCCCUCUCCAAUGUUUUCAAGAAAUGACUUCAGUAUUUGGAGUAUCUUGAGAAAGUGCAUUGGAAUGGAGCUGUCCAAGAUCACUAUGCCAGUAAUUUUUAAUGAGCCCCUGAGUUUCCUACAGCGACUGACAGAAUACAUGGAGCAUACAUACUUAAUUCAUAAAGCCAGCUUGCUUCCUGACCCCGUUGAAAGAAUGAGGUGUGUAGCUGCUUUUGCUGUCUCAGCUGUAGCCUCUCAGUGGGAACGUACAGGAAAGCCAUUCAAUCCAUUACUUGGAGAGACAUAUGAACUUUUCAGAGAGGAUCUUGGAUUCAGACUCAUUUCGGAACAAGUUAGUCAUCAUCCACCAAUCAGUGCUUUUUAUGCUGAAGGACUGAAUAAUGACUUCAUAUUUCAUGGUUCCAUUUAUCCUAAACUCAAGUUUUGGGGAAAGAGUGUUGAAGCAGAACCAAAGGGAAUAAUAACUCUAAAGCUUCUUGAACACAAUGAGGCAUAUACAUGGACGAAUCCUACAUGCUGUGUACAUAAUAUUAUUGUGGGCAAACUUUGGAUUGAGCAAUAUGGAAAUAUGGAAAUAACCAAUCACAAAACUGGUGAAAAAUGCAUGCUAAACUUCAAGCCCUGUGGCCUUUUUGGAAAAGAACUACACAAAGUUGAGGGCUAUAUUCAAGAUAAAAGCAAAAAGAAACUGUGUGCACUCUAUGGAAAAUGGACUGAGUGUUUGUACAGUGUCGAUAUUGCUACAUUUGAAGCUUACAAAAAGAAUGACAAGAAAAACACAGAAGAGAAGAAAAACAAUAAACAGACAGGCAAUUCUGAUGAGCCGGAUGAGAUUCCCUUGCCAGAAUGUGAGAGUAUAUGUGUGAUUCCUGGAAGUGUGUUGUUAUGGAAAAUAGCUCCAAGGCCUUCAAACUCGACACAGAUGUACAACUUUACCACCUUUGCUAUGAUGUUGAAUGAAUUGGAUCAGGAAAUGGAAAGUGUUAUUCCUAAAACUGACUGCAGGCUAAGGCCAGAUGUAAGAGCUAUGGAAAAUGGUGAAAUAGAUGUAGCCAGUGAAGAAAAGAAAAGGCUUGAAGAAAAACAAAGAGCUGCUCGUAAAAACAGGUCCAAGUCAGAGGAAGACUGGAAGACAAGGUGGUUUCAUCAAGGUCCUAAUCCUCACACUGGUGGACAUGACUGGAUUUACUCUGGGAACUACUGGGACAGAAACUACUUCAAUCUGCCAGAUAUUUAUUAAAAUGCAUUGGAAGUUCUGAGCCUAAUACAAGUCUUAAAUCAGUUUUCAGUGCUUUUUUAAUGCCUAUAUUCCUAGAAAAAUAUUAAAAUCUGACAGGUUGCAAUUGAAUGUGGUUCUGGUGCUCCUGUCACAGCGUAGCUCAAGGCUGUUGUUGGGAGUGCUGGGUUUUUUGGCAUUUUCCCUAGAAUGCGAGGUGUAUUUGCACAUAAUCACUGGUGCUGUACUUGGGAGAGACAGGGAGCUACCCAUAUUUGCGAACUAAAGAUCAGUUACAGGUUAAAUGGAAAAUAAAAAUGCCUUUGAGUUUGAUUUUCUCUUUGGUGAAUAAUAAUUAUAGCAGCAUAUAAUGAAAAACAUGGCAUUUUUCUCAACUCAGUAACAAAUUAACAUCCAUGACUUAUAAUACUCUAUGGCUUAAAGCAUGAAAAGAGCAUGACACUUUGGGGAAGAAUUAGUCAACUUCCUAAAGACAGCAUUCCAUUAAUUAAUAGAAUACAGGAUCAUAGAUAAUUCAUUUAUAAUUUUAUUUUUUACUCUCAGCACCAAGCUACUAUUACUUAAUUAAAAUUGGAUUAAUGCAUAAAAUCACUUAGCAAUGUCUUUUCCUAUUUAGUGCAGUGCUUUGAAUUUUUUCUUUCAUGUUUUAUUAACAUGCUAUCUUUAAGGAAUUAAGAGCCAUUUAAAUCUUUAAAAAUUUAAUUUGAAUUAAAGUAAGUAAUUAUAUUUUUUAAAAAGCCUGCAGUGCACUAAUAUAUGACGUGGGACUAGUGGUUGUCCAAAUAUUGUUGGACUUCAGCCCUGGUAGCAUGUUGAGAGGUCAAGAAUGAUGGGAGCUGUGGCUCAACCCGGGAAGGCCACAGAGUCCGUAUCCGCACACAAAGUGCUCCGCGCUACAUGAGAUUAAGUGGGGACAUUACAAUGAAAAGAAAUGCACCGGGGUCUAUGCUGUGAUAGCAAACCCUAGAAGGAAGUGUGUACAUUUCAAAAGCAGUUGAGAGACUACUGUACAGAGCAAAUUUACCCCUAUGUUUGGGGUGCUUUAACCUUUAUGAAAUUAUAUAUUUGUACAAUAUGGAGUACAGAACUUCCAGAGAGACUGCUGCUCUUGUAUAAUUUAACUGUGGUUUGGAAAUAGUGUUAACUGAAUAUUUUAUUGCUAUUAAAUAAAGGCUUUCUCUGUCCUGUGA